AUGUCACGACUAAUGUAUUAUCUUAUGAUACUCUUGGUUUUUGUUAGAUCUGCCUCAGCCCAGGCUCAAUCAGUUAAAGCACCUGCAAAAGGUGCCCCCUCGCCUGCUGUCACCAUUCCAAAGGGUGCCCCCUCACCCGCAAAGGGUACACCCUCGCCUGCUGUCACUAUUGCUCCCCCGCCUGCUGCCCCAAAGGGUGCCCCCUCGUCUGCUGCCCCAAAGGGUGCCUCCUCGCCGACUGCCGCAAAGGGUGCUUCCUUGCCUACUGCAAAGGGUACACUUUCUCGCCAACCAACCUCUAAUACAACUGUGCCCUCUUUUUCGGUACAUUCUGUUCCUACUUCUAAAGAAAGUUCGGGACAAUCAUCUUCCCCUAAUAUUGGAUUUUACAUUGGUGUUGCUAUAACUGGCGUUGUGGUUGUUAUAAUACUAUCUUUUGCAGGAUAUUGCAUAUAUCAAAAAUAUCUAUAUUCAAAGUAUAUUCCAACUCCCGGCACCGUUGAUAUGACUCAUGGCAACAAUGGUUGA